UUUGAUUAGUUUUUGACUGACUUUGUGUUGUGUUUGUCUUCAUGUGUUGUGAUCAUCUGUUUUAAUUUUGUGAUUUGUGAUAAGGUUUAUCUUCUGUUUAUUUUGUAUUAUCGAACAAUACAGAAAAACUAAAAUUUGUCUGUAAUCUAAUAAAGUCAAAGUAAUUAAUAGUUUUAUCACAAAUCGUUUAAUUGAAAGCAUUACUAUAAUGCAUAUCUUCUAAUAUGGAAAACAAUAAUAUCCUUCUUUGCCUGCGCUCACCAACAAAAGACCGAAUUGAAAUUACAGAAUAUGAUUUAAAACUACCAGCAUGGAGUUUGGAAUCCUUAAAAUCAGCUGCAAUUGAACUGAGGUUAGGCAGACCCCGCAGCCUGGCAUGGGCUAUUAUGCUCAAUGCUCUGCCCCCACCGUCAGGAGAUAUCAUAUCUAGUUUAGAAACUCAUAGAAAUUUUUACAAUGAUCUAAAAUGUAAAUUGUCUAUGGAUCCUAGAGCAGUGAUUGGUGAUGAUCCACUGUCACAAAAUGAUGAGAGCGCAUGGAAACAACACUUCUGUGAUAUUGAGCUCAAAGCACUUAUAUUGCAAGAUGUUGUACGAACAUUCCCCGACGAGGUCUACUUUCGUGAAAAGGAAGUCCAAGAUUUAAUGGUGGACGUGUUAUUCUUUUGGGCGCGUUCCCAUUCUCAUGUGGGCUACCGACAAGGAAUGCAUGAAAUACUCGCCCCUCUUCUGUUCGAACUGCAUUUAGAUAGAAAAUUUGCACCCGUUAAUUUAAGUGAAACAUUAAAAUAUUAUUUAGACGUAAAUUAUUUGGAACAUCAUAGCUACAUGCUCUUUAAUGCUGUUAUGAAGGGUAUGGAGAAGUUUUAUACCACAGGAGACGUCGUGCCCUCUGCUUCUGGACGGCUACCUACCUGCAAAGUAGUUCACAAUCCCAAUGAAGUAGUCCGAUAUUUAGAGAAGGUAAAGGAUGAAUACUUAGUGUCCUGUGAUUCCCAAUUAGCAACGCGACUCGUUGAACACAAUAUAUCUCUGGAGCUUUUUGGAAUUCGAUGGUUGCGCUUACUAUUCGGCCGUGAGUUCCCGCGUGCAGAGAUACCGCACCUUUGGGGGUUCCUGUUCGCUGAUGGUCCGAUGCUGCCUCAUUUACAUUAUUUUGUCGUCGCUAUGCUUGUGUCACUCCGAGACACAUUGCUGUCCGUGGAAGCGGGGUUCGCGCUGUCGGUGCUGAUGCGGCCGAGCCCGCUGCCGGCCGCGCACGUGAUGGCGCUGGCGCUGAGCCUGCGGCGGCCGCGCCACUACCUGCGGCCGCUGCCGAUGCGGCCGCUGGCGCCGUCCCCGGACCCCGUGCCCGCGUCGCAUCGCCGGCGACGCUCCUCCUACAGCGACAGCGACACCUCCCCGUGGUGCGUGGUGCCGGCGGCGGCGGAGCAGCGCAGCGGCGCGCUGCCGGUGGCGGAGGCGGCGGAGGCGGCGGAGGCGGCGGGCGCGGUGGCGGAGGGCGUGGCCGAGGGCGCCGACGUGGCGCGCGAGCUGGCCGCGCUGGCGCUGCUGCGCGCGCGCCUGCCGCCCGCCGCCGCCGCGCUGCACGCCGCGCUGCCGCGCGUGCCGCCGCGUGCCGCCGCGCCGCUGCACCAGAUCCUGCAGCUGGCAGCUCUUCUCCAGUGCCGCAACCACGCCCUCGUGGACGUGGAGACGGCGCUGGAAGCCGCGGAGGGCGACGCUUCCGAAAAGGUCGGCCGGCAAGAAAUCGUUCCGAUCGCGGUGGUCCCGAAGCGCAGCCCCAUGAAGGCGCCCACCGACACUAAACAACCGAGCGGAGCGAAGGAGGUGCAACUUAAAGUGUUCCACCAAACCGAGUGCAAGACUACUAGUGAUUUCCCGUUCCUAGAUCCGCUCAGAACGAGGACAGAUUGAUUAAGACGCAAAUUGUUACUCUAUAGCUACUAUCAUUAAAAGCUACUUUAGUUUUUUUUUAAUAUGAACUGUUUAUGUGAUGUUGCUGUAGUUAUUGUAUUAUAAAUAACAUUAUAGUAUAUUUGAAAUGGACAAAUGAAUUGUAUUGCUCACAAAUAAUAUAAGAAAUUUAACUUAAGAAGUGAAAAUUAAAUUUAGAAUUAAAAUUUCAACCGAAAAGGUUUAAAACUUAUUGCAAACUUAUCAUUAUCAUUAAAUUCCAUGUUUAUAUUCCAAUGAUGAAGCAAAUGUAGCUCAACUCUAUUUCUGUUAAGUAGUACAUUAAUUAAUUGAAAACUUUCAAAAAGCAUAAUAAGAAUAUUAAAACAAUGAAAAUUUUCCAUUUAAAAAGUAACAGAAACUAUGCAGCGCUUUGAAAACGGCCAUCUCUUACGAUAGCUAGCACCAAUUUAAUAUAAUAAUUCAAAAUUUAUUUUUAUAUUUGUACCAUAUAUUUGAAAAACUUUUUCCGAUCCAUUAAUACCAUUACAGGCUAAAGAAUAAUGACAUGCGAUAGUUUUCAAAACUAUUUAGCUUCUAUUUAUUAUAUAUUAGCUGACCCAGCAGACCUUGUUUUGCUACUACUAUUUCCCAAGUCAAUUUUUUCUUACUAAAGUGAAGAGCAUCAUUAAUCACUAAUCAAACAAAACACAUUUUUUUUUAUGAUUUUUGACACAAGCGUCGUACACGAACUUCGUAAUACGGUAUAUUUCUAUCUUAGAUUUCUAUAUUAAGAUGUGCUCUAUUUAAAUUCAAAAGAAGGCAGUGAUUGGUUGAAGCUAUAUAGGUACUUACGAUGUAGAAAAAUCUUCAAUUGUUUAUAAGAAACUUUCCCGCGGAGUGAUAGACAAAAAAAUGAAGUAACUACUAAUCCUUCACGAACUUGUUACCUCACUGACAGCCAGAGCCCGAUCUAGGGGUAUUCGCCCGGCAAUGAUUCGAAACGACAAAAUGUGUAAAAUCGUUUUACCGACUUUUACCAUUACUGCAUUAGAAUAGUCUAUAUUAUCUGGCAUGUUCAUCCGUUAAAAAAGUUUAGAUAUUUUUGCACGAAAUGGUAUUAUAGCUAAAUCGGGCUAUAAUAAUUAGGUACACUUCUAGCAAUAUUUUACAUAAUAUAAUAUUUUGUGUAUACUUGGAAUUAUAUUUUUGUAUGUAUUAAAUUCACUGUUAUAUUUAUAAAUUUUGCAUUACUUUGUAAAAGUGGGAAAUUAAUACUAUUAUACUACUAACUUUGUUUACAUUACCUUGCCAUAAAAAGUAUUUAAUUUUUUAAUAAUAUUAGUUAAAUACUUUUUGUACUAAAUAAUUAAUUUUUUUUUUGUAUACUUAUUCAUGUGAUUUUCAUUUGUAAGACCAAAGAACACAAAAUAGAAUUUAAAAAUAAACCUUCAGAAUUUAUAAAUAUUAAAAUAAAAAUGCUUUCGAUUAUC